AUGGCUCUCCUUCACGGCCCGAACUCUGAAAAGCGCUUCGAUGAGCUACUUGACACACCGCCAGGAAUCCGCAUUUUCUUGAAACCUAUUGCGCCGCCCGCUGCGUUGGGCCUCGCUGGUUUUGCUAGUUCGACGUUCAUCGCAGCAUCCUGGAUUGCAGACUGGUGGGGGAACAAUGAAUCGGUCACGACGUUCUUCCCCUUCGUUGGCUUAUUUGGAGGCCUUGCUCAAUUCAUCGCUGGUCUGUACGGAUUUGCUGCGCGGGAUACGCUGGUGACGGUGGUGAACACCAUGUGGGGGUCCUUUUGGAUGGCUCUAGGUGUACUGUGGGGUUAUGAGGUUUCUGAGGCCUUGCCAACAUCUUCGAUCCAUAUGCACAAUCCUGCUCUGGCCGCGUGGUUUAUUCCGUUGAUGGCCUUCACCUGGUCAGCUGCGAUUGCAUCUACAGCUCGUGAUGUUACCCUCAUGGUCUGCCUCUUCUCCCUCGCGAUCGGUACCACGCUGGCAUGCGGAUUGUUUGGAUUCAACGAUGGGAAUGAUCCGACAAAAGGUGGAGUCACAAACACAAUCAAAGCCGCCGCUUAUUUCUGGCUGCUCUCAGCCUUGGCUGCAUGGUGGCGAGUGACGGUGUAUUUGAUCGAGGAGGCGUAUGGUCCACAUCAUCCGAUCAGCAAGAUGUUCCCAAUUCUGCGUACAGCACACGAGAAGCAGCUACGUGAUUCCUCGUAUCGGAGAGCCUGGAGUCACCCGAGGUGUGCCGAAGGUCUUCCCAGUGUCCUGAUGGAAACAAGAACGUCGCAGCGGCUAUGUUCAGAAGAUUGUGACUCUCCUGUGUGCCAAGACCUUUGGCUGGGCGAUGUGGAGCAAACCCGGUGGAACGAUCUCUUGAAGAACUUGAACUCGCGGAGGUAA